AUGUGCAUGAGAAGUAAUCAAUUGCCGCGGGAAACGUGCGCGAUGGCACUGCAUCGCAGCUAUGUUUUAUGCUGCUUUUCUUUCCCAUUGAUCAACCCGCCGUCCCUGCUGGUGUUUUGUACCUCCUCUAUUAAACUCGCUUGGCGGUGGAAAGUGUCUCUUUAAAUCCUCGCAUCGCGCCUUAGACAAUGUCCAUGUCUAGCCCUCCUGUACAUUGUGUGGAUCGCUUUGCUUUCACGUUCGA